AGUGAAGCUUUUAGGUUUUUGUAUUAGUCAUAUAAUACAGAUUAUUUCUUUUAAAUCACCUCUGUUGUGCGUCCAUCAACUCCACGCGGUCUGCAAUGUGGACCACGGCAUUUUGGGGCAUCGCAGUUGUUGUCUGUGCCGUGAGUAGCGAUAGAAGUUUAGAGGACAAGGGCCGCGUGGAGUUACUGCGAGUGCGUGAAUUGUCGCAGCAGCCGCGUUAUGGCGCGUGCUGGUCUCGAGCGCUGGAGAAAAUACAGUCAAGCUGCAAAGAUUUCAGUGAUGAUGUGCAGAGCAAGAUUGCCUUGUCCUUCACGCACUGCCACCUGCAAAGGUCAGGUCGUAGUUUCCCAGAGUGUCCUGAAGGCAGUGAUGUCAAAACCUGCACACAAGACAUGGAUCCUGUGGCCUUCAACACCUACACUGAGUUUUUUACCCAUGCACACAGUAUAUGUCAUUAUUUGCAGAGUGAGCGCUGGCAACAAAGAGCUGAGAACACCAUUUACAGGUUGACUGAGAGUUCAGCAGGGGUGGCGGAGCAGUUGGCAUCUACCCAGCGGAUGGCAGAAGAUCUGGUUGUGGCCCAAAGUGCCGCGCUGAAAUCCCAGGAGAGCAUCCUUCGCAAUGGAGAGGAACUCAAGAGCACCCUGCAGGACUCAACUCAAGGUCUGAAAGAUGUAUUUGCGGAGAUGAGGCAUUCUGCGCAGGAGCAGCAGGUGGCAUUUGCGGAAAUCUUUAACCGUGUAGCUUUCCUCCAGAGCUUCAUCAUGUCUGAGACUCACACGUUCAGUUCCCUCUUCUACAAUGCUCUGGGCUUCGGCGCCUCUUAUCUUCUGACCUCUGUACGUCGUACAGCUGGAGCCAGAUUUUUCCUUUUUGGGCUCGUGGCUUUGAAUAUAUACCUUGAAAGGAUGAUCUGUAAGACGGUGUUGGAAAAUGAAGACCAUGGUUUUCAACAGAUGGAGAAAAUCACUUUUUUAGUGGGGCUUCUAAGAAAAACCAUGGUCCUUUUUGGCUGCCUUGUUCUGCUGUACUUUUCUCUGCGCUACCGGAAUAUCAGCCGAGAGAGUCUUGAAAUUCUCAAGGAGCUCAAAGAGACCCGCUCUGAUCUUCAGCAGGCCUUGCAGAAAGCAGAAUGUAUCUCGGCGUCUGUGGAUGAAUGGAAGAGGUCCAGACGAAAACACUGGGAAAGCAAGUGGGAAGAGAGAGAUGACAGUUUAGUGAUUCUGCAUCCCUCUAGCGUCGUGAGUGCGGCCCUGUCGACAUUCUCUCCGGCUCAUGACACCAGACAUCACGAGACACAGGGCAUCUCAGAAGCCCCGAAGAGACGUCAGCGGCGCACCUCAGGGUCUCGUUUGCGGACGUCUUCCGCCACGGUCUACAGUGUGCUGGUGGAUGACAAUGAGCAGCCGAGGUAUAGCCUGAGAAGUCGGAAAUCUUUGUGCGGUUCAGAAGUUAGCCGAGUGAAGGACUGAUGGCAGAAUAUCUGGAAAAUGUUUUAUUGCUAAUCACUGGAUCAGAUCUUUGGAUGGCAGAGAUGCCAGAUGGUCA